GGUAUGCAGUGAAAGCGGGUGUCUGUGUGUGUGUGUGUGUGUGUGUGUGUGAGAGAGAGAGAGAGAGUUCACUACCUAGUGGAUUCACCAGGACUGGGCACAACUCUGGAGGAUCAACUUAAAGGUGUGUGUGAACAGAAAUACAACAGAGAAAGCAGGAAAACAGGAGGAUAGAGAACAGUGUGUUCGAACAAGAAAAGGACAAAUCUGGGCGAUGCUUAGUGAGUGGUUUUGGUGGGAUCGGCUGUGGUUGCCGAGGACGGUGACAUGGGCGGACCUACAGGACAGUGAGGGGCGUGUCUAUGCCCAUGUGUCCCAUUUGUACAUCACUCUACCUGUAGCAGUUUUGCUGCUAGGCUUAAGAGCUUUCUAUGAAAGGCUGAUCGCGGUGCCACUCGCUAAGGCUCUUGGGGUUAAAGACAAAAUUCGCAAGAGAGCGUCACACAACCCUGUACUGGAAAAAUACUACAAAACACACUCUAAACAUCCAACACAGGCAAAUAUAAAAGGUGUGUGUAAAAAGUUGGGCUGGUCGGAAAGGCAGGUGGAGCACUGGUUCCGCAGACGGAGGAACCAAGACAGACCAGGACUACUGAAGAAAUUCAAAGAAGCCAGUUGGCGGUUUGUCUUUUAUCUGUGUUCGUCUUUCGGAGGAGUGCUGGCUUUACAUGAUAAACCAUGGUUUUAUGAUCUACGGGAAGUGUGGGCAGGAUUUCCCAAACAAUCACUGCUGGACUCUCAGUACUGGUAUUACAUCAUUGAGAUGAGUUUUUAUGGUUCUUUACUGUUCAGUGUGGCUGCAGAUGUAAAACGUAAGGACUUUAGAGAGCAGUUGGUCCAUCACUGGGCCACACUAACACUACUGUCCUUCUCCUGGUGUGCCAACUACAUCCGCAUUGGCACACUGGUCAUGCUGGUGCACGACACAUCCGAUGUCCUGCUCGAGUCUGCUAAGAUGUUUAACUAUGCUGGAUGGGAGACAACCUGCAACAGUAUCUUUGUGGUGUUUGCUCUGGUCUUCAUGGUAACCAGACUUAUCAUUUUUCCUUUCUGGCUGAUCCACUGUACAUGGGUGUAUCCUCUGGACCAGUUCAAACCCUUUUUCGGCUAUUAUUUCUUUAACGUCAUGCUUGUGGUGCUGCUGUUAUUGCAUGUGUUCUGGGCUUCUUUGAUUCUCCACAUGGUCAAGAAGUUUAUUUUCGGCAAACUGAAGGGCGAUGAGCGCAGUGAUGAAGAGGAGGAUGAGGAGGGUUCUGAGGAAGACUACACACACACCUACUCUAAUGGAUCUGGGAACGGACUGUCUAAUGGCCAUUGACACAGAGGAAGCCUUUCCACAAAUAGACACAUAUAGCCUUUUGAUGCCAUGCAUGCAUAUAUGUCCAUAUUGGACACAUGAUUCAUCUGUGAAUUUUCUUUUUUACAUAGCCUUUCAUAUUAAGGUUUGUAUAUGUACAGAUAUUAUGAUAGAUAAAUAAAAUCAAUACAAAUUGUUA